UGGGUUGUGCCUGGAGUUCGGCGGAGCAGGGAGCAAAAUCGGGUGCUGUUGAGCCAUGGAGACGCUGGGUUACUGGAAGUGGAGGAUUGACAGAUGGGAAACUCAAACUGAACACCACAUCAAGUGCUGACAGAGUCGUUCAAUUCAUCAGGACCUGAAUGUCAUUGGCCUUUGAAUCUACAAGGAAAAAGCUCCUGUAAAUACUGAUGGGAAAGGGAACAGAAUCUCAGGAGGCUCCACACCGCUGGCUGCUCAUGAGGAAGUGAUCUCCGAUCAGAUUAAUGUGCUUCUGCUGGUAUUAGAAGGGGAGGAUUUGCAGUCGGGAAACUCAAACCAAACAUCACAUCAGAAUCUGAUGGAAUCGCCCAAUUUCUCGUAACCAGAAUAUCAUCGAAAUUUGAACAUGGAAGGAAAAAGCACCGUUCACAGUGGGGAGAAACCACACACGUGUUCUGUGUGUGGACGAGGCUUCAGCCAGUCAUCAGGCCUGUCGAGACACAAGUCCAGUCACACCGGGGAGAAACCAUGGAAAUGUGGGGACUGUGGGAAGGGAUUCAGAUCCCCAUCUGAACUGGAAAAGCAUCAGCGCAGUCACACUGGGGAGAGACCAUUCACCUGCUCCACGUGUGGGAAGGGAUUCACUAUUUCAGCCCACUUGCUGAGACACCAACGGGUUCACAGUGAAGAGAGACCUUUCAAAUGUCCAGACUGCGGGAAAUGCUAUAAAAGCUCCCAGGAACUGAUGUACCAUCAACGUGUUCACACUGACGAGAGACCAUUUAAGUGCUCUCUUUGUGGUACUGGAUUCAGGCGAUCAUCUCAACUCACAGUACACCAGCGAAUUCACACUGGGGAGAGGCCAUACACCUGUUCCAAUUGUGGGAAGGGAUUCACUCAGUCCUCCGACCUGCUGACGCACCAGCGAAUUCACACUGGGGAGAGACCGUUCAUCUGCUCCGAGUGUGGGAAGGGAUUCACUCAGUUAUCACAGUUGUUGACACACCAGAGAGUUCACACUGGGGAGAAGCCGUUCAACUGUUCUGAGUGUGGGAAGGGAUUCACGACCUCAUCCACCCUGCUGACACACCAGCGAGUUCACACUAAUAAGAGGCCUUUUAAAUGCUUGGACUGUGGAAAGUGCUUUAAAAGUUCCUGGGAACUGAUGUACCAUCAACGUGUUCACACUGACGAGAAACCGUUCAGGUGCUCUCACUGCGGAACUAGGUUCAGGCGAUCAUCUCAACUCACUGACCACCGGCGAAUUCACACAGGGGAGAGACCGUUUACCUGCACUGAGUGUGGGAAGGGAUUUACUCAGUCAUCCAACCUGCUGACACACCAGCGAGUUCACACUGGGGAGAGGCCGUUCACUUGCCCCAAGUGUGGGAGGGGAUUCACUACGUCAUCCAGCCUGCUGAGACACCAGCGAGUUCACAAUGGAGAGAAACUGUACUCGUGUUCUGAAUGUGGAAAGGGAUUCAAAUCCUCGUCUCACCUGGAACGUCAUUGCCGCACUCACACUGGGGAGAAAACAUUCAUCUGCUCCGAGUGCGGGAAGGGAUUCACUAGUUCAUCCUAUCUGCUGAUACAUCAGCGAGUUCACACUGGGGAGAGGCCAUUCACCUGCUCUAAGUGUGGGAAGGGAUUCCUUCAGUCAUCCAACCUGCGGACACACCAGCGAGUUCACACUGACGAGAGACCUUUUAAAUGUCCGGACUGCGGGAAGUACUAUAGAGGUUCCACGGAACUGAUGCGCCAUCGACGUGUUCAUACUGACGAGAAACCAUUCAGGUGCUCUCUCUGUGGGACUGGGUUCAGGUGGUUGUCUCAACUCACUGUACACAAGAACAGCCACACCGGGGACAGGCCGUUCACCUGCUCUGUGUGUGGGAAGGGAUUCACUCAGUCAUCCAACCUGCUAAGACACCAGCGAGCUCAUGCUGGGGAGAGACCAUUUACAUGCUCUGAAUGUGGGAAGGGUUUUACCCAGUCAUCCAACCUGCUGACACACCAGCGAGUUCACACUGGGGAGAGACCAUUUACAUGCUCUGAAUGUGGGAAGGGGUUUGCUGUUUUAUCUACACUGCAGAGACACCAGCAAGUUCACAAGUAAUGACAAUGAUUGGAUUUUGCUGUUAAUCAUAUCCAGGAUUGGGGUCUGUUUUUGAUGAUAAUAAA